GAGCCUUGUUUUCACAGUGGCUCUGGGUCCAGGCAACUUCCUUCUCCCAGGGACUUCGGAGUUGGUGCUCUGUCUGCCAGCAAAAGGGAAGCUGGCAUCCCCAGGAGAGCCUGGAGCAGGCGCUGCAAAGGGCGCUGAGCUUGGGGAAGACACACACACACUCUUGUUGAGGUGUCUGCAGUAACACUCCGAAGCAGAAAUGAUGAGUGGCUGCCCAAGAACCCACUGAGGCACAGAUUCUUCACAAAGCCCCUUACUGAGAGCCAGGCAUACAUCUGUGGAACCCACGUUCCCUGGGCAACUGAAAAUGGAGAGAGGAGCGCCCUGAGGAUAUGGAUGCAGAGCGAGAAGCCUUGCAGUGUACUGCCUACCCUGAGGUGCAGAGCUUCUGCCAGAAACACGGCUUGACAUUCGAGGCGGUUGAUCUGAGGUGGGGCAUCCCAGACACGCAGGCUGCCGACCGCUUGACCACAGAACUUUGCUUAGAAGAACUUGACCGCUGCCAGAGAACGUCUGUAGGACCAGCUUUUGUGGCUCUCCUAGGAGACCAGUACGGCCCCUGUCUGAUUCCCCAACGGAUCGAGGAGAAAGAGUGGGAGGCACUAAGGGCACAGCUGACCUCCAGGCCUCGAGAUCUGGAGCUGGUAGCCAGGCAUUUCCAGAGAGACGACAACGCCAUCCCUCCCAACUACGUGCUGCAGUCUGCGGGCUCCGUGGAGGCUCCAGGGCCUGAGGAGGCCACCUUGACCUCUGUCCUGCAAGGUGGAGCCCAGGAGGCCCGAAGGCUGGGCCUCCUCAGCCAGGAGCAAUGGAAGCGCUACCAUCGAUCAGUCAUUGAGUGGGAGAUUGAGCAGGGCCUCCUGAGCUCAGCACGAGGGGACCAGGGAGCCACUGUCUUCCUGAGAGAUGUGCAGGACCUCAGUAAACACAUCUUGGAUGAUUGCUCUCUGAAGAUGGUUGAUCGGCUGGCAGACGGCUGCCUGGACACGGAUGCCCAGAGUCUUCUCAGCGGCCUCAAGGGGCGCAUCCUGGAUGCUCAGCCUGGAGCCCUAAAGUCCCACCGCCUGCCCUGGAGUCGAGACCUGGUCAAUCCCAAGAAUAAGGCCCACGCUCGCUACCUGAAGGAGCUAAGCGAGCAGUUCGUGGCCAGGACCAACCAUCAAGUCCUGGAGCAACUGCGAGAGCUAGAGUCAGGCAGACAGGAGCUGGGCUGGCUCUACCAGGAGAUCCGCCACCACCUCUGGCGGGGUGCAGAGUCCGCCAGAAUCUUCUGCGGCCGGCAGGAGCUCCUGGCUCAGCUGGGGCAGCGGCUCAGACAAGAUGACUGCUGGCCCCACACUCCGUUGGUUCUCUUUGGACCUCCUGGCAUCGGGAAGACCUCCCUCAUGUGCAAGCUAGCUGAGCAGGUACCAGGGCUUCUCGGCCACAAGACGGUGACUGUCCUGAGGCUGUUAGGUACAUCAACGAUGAGCCUGGAUGCCCGAAGCCUCCUCAAGAGCCUGUCCUUCCAGCUGUGCUUGGCCUAUGGGCUGCCACUGCCCCCAACCCAGGUCCUGGAAGUCCAUGCCAGGGUGGGCCACUUCUUUCACACCCUCCUCCACACGGUGUCCCAUAGGAACUUUGAGUCCCUGGUGCUGCUCCUGGACUCAGUGGAUGAUCUGGAUUUCACACGCCAUUCUCAGAGGAUUUCCUGGCUGCCCCUCAAGUGUCCCCCAAGGGUACACAUCAUCCUCUCUGCAUGCUCAGACCAGCAGGUGUUACAUACCCUGCGACAGACCCUCAAGGACCCCAGUGCCUACUGGGAGGUGAAGGCCCUGUCUGGGUGCCAAGGACAGGAGUUCAUCCAGUUGCUACUGCAUGCAGAAAGGAGGACACUAAGUCCGGGUCAGAGGGAUAUCCUCUGGGCCAGCCUCCCAGAAUGCGGCCACCCAGGGCGGCUACGGCUGGCCUUCGAGGAGGCUCGAAAAUGGGCUUCCUUCACUGUGCCAGUGCCCUUGGCCAUCAGUGCUGAGGAAGCCACACACCAGCUCUGCAUCCGCCUGGAGGAGACACACGGGCAGCUGCUGGUGGCCCAUGUGCUGGGCUACAUUGUGUCUUCCAGGUACGGUCUGUCCGAGGCGGAGCUGAAGGAUGUGCUGUCUUUGGAUGAUGAGGUCCUGCAGGCUGUGUACCAGGACUGGACACCACCCAGCAAGGAGCUCCUGCGCUUUCCGCCGCUGCUGUGGGUGCGGCUCCGACGGGACCUGGGACACUGCUUGAACAGGAGGCCCGUGGAUGGUUGCACGCUGCUGACCAUCGCCCACAGACAGCUGUCCAAGGUGAUCCAGGUUCGAUACCUGUCUGGACCUGAGAGAUCCAAGAGACACGGCGUGCUAGCUGAAUUCUUCUCUGGAGCCUGGAGCCAAGGCACCAAGAAACUCAUCACCCUGCCCCUCGUGGGGAAGCCCAUUAACCUGGACCGCAAGGUGAGGCCACUCCAUUUCCAAAGCCACACCCCGACGUGACUGUCCUUUUCCUUCUCCCCCAUUCUCAAGAUAGGGGGUGGAAGAAUGGGAGAAUUGAAGUUGGAGACACUUGGGAACAUGAGCUGGAUCUCCUGUAGGGGCAUCUCUGGGGGCAUUGAGGACCUGCUGGAUGACUUUGACAUGUGUGCCCCUCACAUGGACUCUCCUGAGGUUGGCCUGGUCAGAGAAGCCCUCCAGCUGUGCCGCCCUGCUGUGGAGCUCCGCGGCAUGGAGAAUAGUGUCCUAUACACCGAGCUCCUGGCCAGGCUCCUUUUCUUCGCUACGUCGUAUCCAGCAAUGAUUGGGCAGCUGUGCCAACAAGCGCAGAGCUGGUUCCGUGCCUGCCCACACCCAAUGCUGGUGCCCUUGGCAGGAUUCCUACAGCCACCGGGGGGAAGACUUCGAGCCACUCUCACUGGAUGUCACAGAGGCGUCACCGCCAUAGCAUGGAGCCUGGAAGAGAAGCUGCUGGUGGUGGGCACCCAAGAUGGCGCCAUGGUAGUGUGGGAUGUGGAGGAACAACAGGUGGUCCAUGUUUUAACAGGACACACAGCUGAGGUGAAGUGCAUUCGAGUGUUUGCCCUAGGGACUCUCGCCAUCUCUGCAUCAAAAGACUGCACCCUGCGCCUGUGGAGCCUGCUCUCUGGCCAGGAGAAACUUACCAUUUUGGACAGAGGCUCACCAACUUCCACAGAGCCUCAGAGCUGGGAGCUCCAUGUGGAUGAGAUGAACAAAGUCAUAUACUUGACAUCUAGUGCAAAGAUCAGCGUGUGGAACCUGGAAACCGCGAAGCUGGUUUUCUGUAUCCCAGGAGAUGCUUCUGACCCCUGGGCCUGCGUGGCGGUGCUGGCCGCUCGGGGUGUGCUGCUCGCUGUGUCCAAGGGCGGUCAAGUUAGUCUGUGGGACUCAGCCUUGGGAAAGCUGCAGGAGAAACACCAGCUUUCCAGCAUCAAAGAGGAGACACUCACCUGUGCCGUCUCUGUCCAGACACGGGCAAAGCUGGUCACUGGCUUCAGCAGCGGCUCCAUCUUCCUGGUCUCCUCUGAAGAAGACAGGUUGCUGGAGAAGCUUCCAGAAGCUGUAGGGUUCCUGGUGGUGUCUGAAGACGAUUCCGUUCUUGCAGCAGGCUUCGGAAGAUCUGUGCGGAUUUUCUUAGCUGACUCUCAAGGCUUCCACCGGUUCAUGGCCACGGAUCUGGAACAUGAGGACGUGGUAGAGACCGCAGUUGUGGGUCCUGAGAACAACAUGAUCAUCACAGGCUCCCGGGAUGCGCUCAUCCAGGUGUGGAGUCUGUCAGAACAGGGGACCCUGCUGGAUGUCCUCGAGGGCGUGGGAGCCCCUACAAGCCUGCUGGUCCGGGGUGGGACUCUGGUGGUGUCUGCUUCCUCGAAGUCUUCGUCUGUAAAAGUCUGGGAUCUCAGGUCCACUCAGAAGCCAAGGCCUCCUGCUCCGUUUCUGGACCGCACGGGCCUCGCAGCAGUGUCCCAUCACGGCAGCUACGUCUACUUCCCCAAGGUCGGGGACAAAAACAAAGUCACGAUUUGGGAUUUGGCAGAAGGUGAGGAACAGGAUUCCCUGGACACGUCCAAUGAGGUCCGGUGUCUGGAGGUGGCCGAGCAGGCUAAGCUCCUCUUCACAGGCCUGGUUUCGGGGAUUGUGCUUGUGUUCCCCCUGAAUUCCAGGCAAGAUGUGCUGUGUAUCCCCCCACCCGAGGCCCGCAAGGCUGUCAACUGCAUGUCCCUGAGCAAGAGUGAGGACCGGCUGGCCAUCGCCUAUGACAACAUCGUCCUGGUGCUGGACAUCAGCCCCGGGGACCCAUGUCCCACCAUCGAGGGCCCCACCUACACCUUUUACACUCAGCUGCCGGAGACCAUAGCAAGUGUGGCCGUGCUGGCCGACUACCGUGUUCUCUACGGCAUGACUGAUGGCGGCCUCUUCCUGUACAACUGUGCAAGCUCCAAAGUGUUCCCGCUGGAGGCCCACGGGAGCAGGGUGAGCUGCGUGGUGGUCAGCCACGGGGAGCAGCUGGCCGUGAGCGGGGCAGAGGAUGCGCUGCUCUGCCUCUGGGACCUGCAAGCUUGCAGGGGGAUGUUCGAGAUGAGCUAUGAGAGCUCCUACUGCAGAGGAGUGCGGUGUGCCUGCUUCUCGAAGGACGACAAGUACGUGUUUGCGGGCAUGAGGGACCGCUCCAUCAUUGCCUGGAGUGCGCUGGACGGCACCCUGCUGGCUGUCCAGUUUGUCCAUGCUGUCAUCAGCCGAAUCAUCCCCACCUCCAAUGGCUUCAUGGCCCCCACAAGCCACGGCUAUCUCAUCAGAGAACAUUUCCAGUGCCCAUCAGCCAGAGCCUCCCAGCAAGAUCCUCUCAAGAACUUCAAGAGGGCAGUGUGGUUAGUCAAGACCAGGCAAAGGAAAGAGCAGCUGACUGCCGCAGAGGCCUCUCAGGACACAGGGCCAGUGGCCGCAGGGGGAAAGGAAUCGAAGUCAAAUAAGCGCUCACAGGUCUGCCUGAUACUGUGAAGGCCUUGGGAGACUAGGGCUCAGCUCAUCUGAUAGAACAAACUGUCCAGCUCUGCUGGUGCCUUGUGGACCCCCAGGUCUCCCUCCAGCAUCUUCCAUUUUCCCGCCUCUUUUUCUAUUGGGUUUUCAAACCUGCUCCCCUCAGGUUAGCAGCCUGCAUCUCCCAUCCUACUCCAAGAACCUGGAUCAAAGCCUUGGUUCUGCCUCUGUUGGUUCCAGUAGGCACAACUCUUAUUGUUGAGCCAAUCACUGGCUCUGGGAGGAUCUGCAAUCACUGUGGGAACUACUGGAGGGCAGCACUGUGUGGCAGAGUGACAGACUGUAGGGAUGUGGUGGGCACAGUGGGCAUCCAGCUGCGGUCCGGAAUCCACAUGGCAAAGCCAGCCUGUGGCUCAACCUUUCCUUUUCCAUGUGUGAAGCCAGAGAUCUGGGCUGUCAUACCAUAUACACGCUUGCCCAUUUGAAGCUGGUGACCGACACAUGUGAUCACAGUUAGCCUGUGUGUAGCUCCUGCCCUGACAGUGACGCAAAAUGGGUUGUACAAAAUCUACUCUGGCUGCUUGAUGACUCAGCCUUUAAUCCCAGCACCAGGAGCCAGAGACAGGCGGAUUCCGGUGAGUUUGAGGCCAGCCUGGUCUACAGAGUAAGUUCCAGGACAGACAGGAGAUCCUGUAGAAAAGCAGGGGAGGGGGAGAAAAUAGAAAAAGUAAGAAAUCCACUUGAGGCUAGGGCUGGCUCAGGGCUUAAAGCACCUGCAGUCCCGCUAUGAGCGCUAGAGUUUGGACCUCAGAACCCGGGACCAUGCCAGGUGGACAUUGUCACCGGCCUGCAGGCCUAGCCCCAGGAUGUGGGGACAGGCUGUUCUCGUUUCACAGGCUGCUGUGACAAAAACACUCUGACCAAAAGUGACCUAGGGAGGCAAGGGGUCUUUUGGCUUCCACUCUCAGGCCAAGGCCACCAGGGCUGCUGGCCAUUGCACACAGCAUGACCUCCAACCAGGGGACUCA